AUGGAGCGGGUUGACGAAGACCAAUCUCUGCCGCGAAAAGCACCAAGGCUGGUGUAUCCUCCAGUCUUAGAGAAGAAGCCCCCAAAGCCAAAACCGGUUCUGGAAUAUCAUCUGAUCGAGCAAAAGAUCACCAGUGCCAUCACUGAUUUCAAGGCUGGCAAAUUCACAAGCUUGGCUGAAGCUGGAAGAGCCAAUGGAAUUACCGAGAGAUCUGGAUAUUUUCGACUUCGUGCUCGUGCAGCUGGAAGAGCCUCCAAGUCUGACCGCAUCAAGAACGGAAGCCAACGUCUCAGCCCAGAGCAAGAGAUUAUCCUGUGUCAAUAUGUCGACAGUCUAGAGGACGUCCGCGCGCUCCACCGCAAAAUAAAUGACAAAGCAUACAGCAUGUUAUGUGAAGAUCUUGCUGCAGAUGACCCGCUGCCGCGUCCGCUGGGGAAACAAUGGCCCACUCGGUUCUUGGAACGUCACCCAGGUAUCAUGGCUCGUCGCCGAAGACCUCUUACCUCGCAGAAGUCUGGAGAGUCAGAGGAUGAGACUAGUCUGUCCAUACCCAGAGAGGAAGCUCAUACAACCGAGACGAACAACGAAGAGCCGCAGCUUCUUCUCGACUGUCAAAGAUUCCUUGACCGCUCCACUGAGACGGAUGGGGCGUCCAGCCAGAUCGAAUCUAUCUGCAGAGGCCCGGCAGCCCCUCCCAACGUCUUGAUUGUCACGAGCGGGACGAGCAGUGUCGACAGAAACGUGCCUUCCCCUACAGCAACUCCUCCUAGUCGACCAGCAGAAAGAAGCUCCACAACAACUUCCUUUUUGUCGGCAAUUAAGAGCAGUCUUGCCGAACAUAGAAUGACAUUCUCAAGCCGUCUCACAUGA